GGUUGUAACACUCCUGACAGUCACAUUCUGAAGUAUACAUUUAGCGUGGAGAAUAAUGGAGUGGAACUUUCUAUCCGGUGUUGGUGCCUUAUUUCUUGGCUACUAUUCUUUAAACUUUGUGCUGCAAGUUCUUCAUGGAAUAAGAGCUUUUGUUCUUCCAGCUCUUGGUCUGAGGAAAACUCUCAAGAAACUGGGCGCAUGGGCAGUCAUCACAGGGUGUACUGAUGGAAUCGGAAAAGCCUAUACACAUGAGCUUGCAAAGCAAGGCAUCAAGUUGGUACUGAUCAGUCGCACUAAAGAAAAGCUGGAAAUGUUGGCUGCAGAACUAAAAGAAGCAUAUGGCACUGAAACUAAAAUUAUUGUGAUGGACUUCACUGGAGGAGCUGAAAUCUAUGAUGGAUUAGGAGACAAACUUGCUGGUCUCGAUAUUGGAAUAUUAGUGAACAAUGUUGGAGUUUCACAUUACCCAGAAUUUUUUGGCAAUAUGAAGCAAGAGGAUGCAUGGAAGAUGUUGAAUGUUAACAUUCUUUCAGUCACUAUGAUGACUCGCACUAUCCUUCCAGAGAUGGCUGCCAGAGGAAGAGGUCUGAUUAUAAAUGUGGCCUCAGCAGCUGGCCUGACUCCCACUCCACUGCUUUCCAUGUACUCUGGGACUAAGGUGUUUGUGGAUUUCUUCAGCAGAUGCCUGAAUGCAGAGUAUUCUUCAAAGGGCGUCAUUGUUCAGUGUGUGCUACCUUACUAUGUUGCCACUAAGAUGAGCAGAAUCAGGAAUCCAAACAUAUUUGCACCAGGCCCAACCACUUACGUUCGUCAGGCCUUGGGAACACUUGGAGUGGAGUCCAGGACUGUAGGAUGUUGGAGCCAUGCUUUGCAGAACUGGUUUAUAUCACGGGUUCCAGACUGGCUGAGGCAAAAACUGAUGUGGAAUGUCAAUACAGCGAGGCGAAGGGCUGUCUUGAAACGACUCCGAGAGAAGGAGCAGAAAGACUGAUGUGUUAGGCAAAUGUUUCUGAAGGAAAGAGAAGUAGGAAUUCCGUCAGUGCAAGCAAGGAGUGAAUCAUAUUCCAGCUCAGAACUGUUAGUGUGGGAAAAGAAAUGAUUGGAAAAUUCAAACUAAAUUUUGGUCCUUAUUCUAAUUCUUAGGUUUUUAAUUACAGCUAGCAGAGCUUAGUGUCUUAUUUUAUCCAUUUUCACUCUCCUCCCAGGUUGCUCUGAAAAGAUUGUCUGAAGACCGUCCGUAAAUAAAUCCAAAGAGUUUCUGUA